CAUGAUGAUGAUGAUGGUGGUGAUGAUGAUGAUGAUGAGUUCACAGUAACGAAACUGAUAACAAGUGCAAAGGGAAGGAUGUGUAAAGUUUUAAAUUUGAACAAUAUACUUGGGAACUGAAUAGAAGCAGAAUGGAAGAAGGUCAAAGACCGACGGAUGACAGUCACACAGAGAGUGGGGGAUGUACACCAGCAGAGUGCAGGAGGAAACACAAUGAUGGAGACAUGUCAUCAGACGCGGAAAGCGUGGAACGUGCGGGCAUUGACACGGCCAACCCACACAGAGUGAGUGAAGAAGCAGGCAUGGAGGAAGCAGAAAAUAAAGAUGCUGAUGAAGAGAGUGACGGACUUAGUGAUGGCACAGACGAGGAAGAAGGGGAUGGGAUACAGGAUAUAUCACAACUUGGAGCAGGUGCUGUAGCGGUCAAAUUCCAGACUGGUCAUCAACAGUCAUAUCAGCUUGUAGGUAAAGGUCCUGGAACAACAAGUCUACAGGUCCCGGAAACAGCAGCCCUGACACCAACAUCCACAAGUACAACUAGUGUAGUUCCAGGAACAACAAGUCUACAGGUCCCGGGAACAGCAGCCCUGACACCAACAUCCACAAGUACAACUAGUGUAGUUCCAGGAACAACAAGUCUACAGGUCCCGAGAACAGCAGCCCUGAUACCAGCGUCAACAUUGUCUCUUCUGCCCUCAACACCAGCAUCUCUUGUGUCACAGAUACAGUCCUCUGGGCUGCCUGAAGUACCACUGACUGGGGACGUUCCUGCAGUCACACAGUACAACCUUAUACAAGUACAGCAGCAGUUUGGAGAUGUGACAGUGAAGGGAGGCAAUAAUCUGAACAUUGGCGGAACUCAGAAUAUCAGUACAACUCCGACCAUAAAAGAGGAAGAGGAGAUACCACUGACCGCAGCACAGAAGAUCAGGAAAAGGACGACAUCCAGGAUACAGUCAUGGACUAACGACAUGGUGGAGACAGACGUCCUCAAGAAAGUGAAAGAGAAGCUGGACAGAGGAGCGACAUGGGUGACAAUUAAAGGAAGACCAGGAGAGGGGAAGUCCACAAUAGCCUACAUGGCUCUCAAAUAUCUACACAGUCAGGGGAGACAAGUAUACCAAGUGGUGUCACCAGAAGAGUUCAAUGAGGUCACGAUGGCCUGUGUUAAUCCUGUCAUUAUGUUAGAUGACAUAUUUGGUGAUCUGGAAUUCGACACUGCAGAAUGGAGCAAGUGGAGACCAAGUCUCAGACCUAUUGUGGAUGUUAAACAUCCUGACACAUAUGCUGAAAAAGAUCUUUUAGACGUUUCUACCAAAACUGAAAAGGUUUCAGAGAGGACAAAGAUUGAUCAAAGACAGGUGAAACGAACAAGUCCAAACAAAGACGAAACUAUCAUUAUCCUCGUAGGCCGUGACUAUGUGCUGAAAUCCUCACUGGCAGACUUGGGAAGGAUGGCAGAUUACAUUUCCAGUCCUCAAUACGUGGUGGAAGUUUCCUCGCAAAGAGGCUCUUAUGAGCGAAAGAAGAUAUGGCGUGUUCAUGCUGAAACCAAAAACAUAGACAUCGAUGAAUCAACUGAGUCUCAGAUUUGUGAGGCCGACUGUCCACACGGCUUCCCCCAUGUCUGUAAAAUGUUUGUCGCAGCAUUUGAAAAGGAUAGGACUCAACUUCAAAUGUUUUUUCAAGCGCCACUGGAUUUCCUCAGAAAGACUUUGGAUAAAUUUCUUAAAGAUAAGAUAAAGCGUUCACUGUUCAUGGCUAUGAUUAAAAGAGAUGGGAAGAUUAGUGAACAAGACUUGGAAGAGGAUGAUAGCCUCGGUUAUGAAUGCAUAGCAGCUGCUGAUGAUUUGGUUGGAUCUUACCUCAAGAAGGAAGAGGACACCUACAUGUUUGAUCAUCCGUCUAUAUAUGACAGUGUUUCGUUUAUUCUCAGUAAAAAACAACCCAAGUUUGUCAUCGAAAAUUGUAGUUUGUCCUUUAUAAAUCAGCGACUUCGUCUUGCACACUCCAGUAAAGAGAAAAAAGAGAAAAACCUUGCUGGUGACACAGAUCUUGUUGCUAACAUCUCAUGGACUUAUGCUGAACGUUUGGCCAGAAGAUUCGCAAGUGAAAUGCAAAGGGGCAAUUUGUUGCAUGUUUUAUCACACCAGUCACUUUGUUAUUCAGACUUUGUCGACUUGCUAAUGGACUGCCUGAAGACCCGGUUUCACAUGCGUGUAUCUGAUAUUGUGAAACUAACUGAUAAAUCAUCCAACAAGUCAUUUUGUGAAUUACUUUCCAGCAGCAAGUCACAUCAUCUCAUCAAAUAUAUUAUGGAGAGAGAAAAUCUCUUAUUCACCCAGAGUGAAAGACGUGACAUUUUACUGGGUGUUUGCACAAAUGCUGCGUGCGAUAUACUGAAAUACAUCAGUGGACAUAUGGAACUUGACAUAAAUGCUACAUACGGUAGGGAGGAAAAGACGCCGCUUAUGUUGGCAGCAGAAACCAGGAACAACGAGUUCGUCAAUCAGAUUUUGUCACUUCAUCCUGACCUAAAUGCAAGAGACAAGUCCGGUCAGAUGGUGUUUAAGUAUCUUUGUGUUAAUGGCCUCACAUCAGCUGUGGAGCAUGCGAAUGACAAGGGAGUGGAAGUUAAUCAAUACCAGGAACUAUCCCUUCUGUACACUCUCAUAGAGAAAGGUCACUUAGAGGUUGUGAAAGUGCUGGUUAACAGAGGAUGUGAUAUAGAUAACCAGAAAGGUCUUAGAUGUGCUGUUGGGAGCCUGAACGCCAAUAUGGUACGUUAUUUUUUAGACAGAGGAGCAGUGGGUGACUGUAGUGUUGUGUGCAGAGCUUGUGAGGUUGGAAACAGAAAUAUAGUCGAGAUGUUGUUUGAGAACGGUGCUCCUGUUGAUAUGGAGUCACCUGAUGGAGAAACCCCUCUUCUCCAUUCAUGUAAAGGAAACCCAACAGCUGUUUCGUAUUUGCUGACUAAAGGGGCAAGUGUCAACCAAGUUUCAGAUGUUACAGGUGACACACCAUUUCAUACAGCAGCAAUGUGGGGAUCUACAGAGAGUGUUGAUGUGUUACAGAAGGCUGGAGCUGAUGUUAAUGUACAGAAUAAUGCAGGUGACACACCACUUCAUAUAGCAGCAAGACUGGGAUAUACAGAGCGUGUUGAUGUGUUACUGAAGGCUGCAGAAGAUGUUAAUGUACAGAAUAAUGAUGGUGACACACCACUUCAUAUAGCAGCAAGAAGAUGGGGAUCUACAGACUGUGCUGAUGUGUUACUGAAGGCUGGAGCUGAUGUUAAUGUACAGAAUAAUACAGGUGACACACCACUUCAUACAGCAGCGGGGGGGUCUACAGAGAUUGUUGAUGUGUUACUGAAGGCUGGAGCUGAUGUUAAUGUAAAGAGUAAUACAGGUGUCACAACUUCAUACAGCAGGAAGACUGGGAUAUACAAAGUGUGUUGGUGAGUUACUGAAGGCUGGAGCUGAUGUUAAUGUACAGAAUAAUAAAGGUGACACAGCACUUCACACUGCAGCAGGAAGGGUAUCUACAGAGUGUGUUGAUGUGUUACUGAAAUAUGGAGCUGAUGUUAAUGUACUCAAUGAUACAGGUGACACAGCACUUCAUAUAGCAGCAAAGAGCGGAUAUACAGAGAUUGUUGACGUGUUUCUGAAGGCUGGGGCUGAUGUUAAUGUAACGGUAACAUGCCAUUCCUGCGAGAGUAACUAGUGUUAUGUGUUUUUAUGUACGCGCCCUUUUUCCUUAAUUAUUCAUGUCUGCACAACUUUCACCCAUAACAUUAGGUAUCAUCUGAAAGAUCAUGUUCUCACCUAAUCUGUUUUGUUAUAUCUAUAAUCUUGGAAAAAUACCUUCACUACAAAGUAUACCAACCUACUCCCUGUAGCUCAAUUUCAUCCGUUAAAUCCCUAUAUCUCAUAUUACUUAGAUAUUAUGAUUAUACUUCCCAGGCAGUCUGAUAGGGAAGUUUCUCAGCUUGCCACCCACGUAUGGAUUUAUAACUUUACAAUCACUUUAGUUAGUAAUGUCGUAUGUCUUCGGAAUUGAAAAAGCACAAUUCCUGGGGACUGGCGGGUCUGAGAGGGUUGUCCUGUUAAUUGUUUCCUCCGACGUCCGCCCAUUCCCCUUAUCUAGACCAUGGUAAAGCCCAUCAGGGCCGAACAUCGCCACUGCGCUAAGGAACUUUGGGGAGGACCUCGGGAAGCCGGACAUGGGUAAUUAUGGAACACCUUCUUCAUAUGCUCUAUGUGGUUGCUUUGAAUAAGCCAACUGUAAGGAUGUAUACUGACUAGACUUCCAGAGAGUAUGUCUACGUCUAUUCCUUCUUUUUAAGCCAUAUGAUGAAUUAUAUCUAGUUCCUUGACUUAUGCCCGGUCCGUGCUUCCCUAGUCCAUAAUAUAUUUUUGUGUGUUUGAUCCACCCCGUUCCACAAUUUGUAAUUGUCUGGCAGUGACCAUUGUGUCUUGUACUUUCUAUGAUUGUAGAUAACAAUAUAAUGUCAUUCUCACCCAA